UUCCAUCCAGUUCUAUCAUUUUAUACUAAAUCUAUUUGAACUUGUCUCCAGUUUUACUUGGUAUAUCAUCAUCAAACUGAAACUGGCCUCAUGGAGUUUACAGCCAGAACUUUAGAGGUAAAUUUACAGUAGGGCUCCACGCUGCUUUGUUUUCUAGUCUGGAUGGAGUCAACAAGUCUGGAUUAUUUGGAGCUUUUGGACACUCCACAGGGUUAAGAAACAUCAAACUGCUGAAAAAAAUAUGCAUACGGAGAGAAACUCAAAUAUUAAGUAUGCAUCAGUGUUGUGUGUCAUAUUUCCUCUGCACAGCUCUUCUCUGGAUCUAUUUUCAGGUCUGGACGUGACAUUUGUCCUCAUUAACAACAACAUGAGCUGGAGCGAGGCCCAGAGCUACUGCAGAGAACACCACACAGACCUGGCCAGUGUGAGGAACAUGGCAGAGAACCAGAAGGUCCAGGAGCUGAUUCCAGAAGGAGUCAAAUACGUCUGGAUCGGCCUUUUCAGAGACUCCUGGAAGUGGUCCGAUGGAAGCAGGUCCUCCUUCAAGAACUGGAUGACAGAGGAACCAACAGGUUUCUCUCAGGCUUGUGCAGCAGCAGAUUUCAGCUCCUCUGGAGGAUGGGGGGACGAGAACUGUGACCUGAAGUUGCCAUUCGUUUGCUACAGUCCACCUAAAUGCAUCUUCGAACUCAGUGAUGAGCUGUGAUGGAGGGAAGGCUGAAGCAGGUAAAUCACAUCUUUCUAUUCAAAUUUGAUGCAAAAACAGAACAAACAAAUGAUGAAACUUUAUCUCAGAGAGU